AUGAAGGGCCUGAACGUUUUGGUCGUACUCGCUUUAUGCAAUCUGUCCUUCGGCAUGCAUGCUCAAAGUCCUGUUUAUAGUAUUCUAUGCAAGCGAACAGGCGGAUCAAUAUCUUGCUAUCAAGACAACACUUGGGGCUUUGAUGAGAGGAGUCGAAAAUGUUAUCAUAUACGUAGGGGUCAAGGACCCUGUGGCUUUUUCGAUGGUGUACGGGGUUGCAAGGACUUCUGCAUAAAAAAAAGCAUGACAUCUAUUUUAAAAAAUGUUGUGACGUAGUACAAACAAGGUAGUAUAAACAAUAAAAUCAAUAACAACUCAAA